AUAGAUGCUCAUUGCUACCUGACAAGAAAGUGUCGUUAUGCUGUUAUACUUCAAACAGUAUGUGAUGUAGAUCUGCGUUUUACUGACUGUUACGCCGGGUAUCCUGGUUCUGUUGGCGAUCUUCGAGUUUUCCACAAUUCUGAUCUUUAUCAUAGUAUCCAUAGAAAUAAGGAUUCCUUUUUUCCUAAUGAAGAAUUCAUUGUAGGAGACAAAGCAUAUCCAGUACUUAGAUGGUGCUUGACUGCUUAUAAAGAUAAUGGUCAUUUGACACAGAUGGAGGAUUAUUUUAAUGAUAUUUUGCCAAAGACAAGACAAUCAGUGGAACGUUCUUUAGCAUUAUUAAAAGGCCGCUUUAGACGAUUGAAAUAUUUAGAUAUGUCCAGGGUUGAUUUAAUACCAGCAACAAUCUUGGCCUGUUGUGUUCUCCAUAACAUAUGUUUAGGUGAUACUGAUGACAUAGAAAAUUAUAUUCAAGAAGGAAACAGAUAA